UUUUACAUUUCGUCCCCUCCGCUGGAAAAAAAAGAAUUAUUUCGCAAUUUCGUUUUGCCUUUUAGCAUAGAGACUAAUUUCGUGAAAAGCCCAUCGUAUUUCUUUAGUAAGAGAAAACUCAGGUGGACGGUCUACCGAGAUGCUUGAAAUGCAAACCUUACGGUCACGUGAACAAGUAUUUGAAGGCUGAGAACAAACAUGCAUGUGAAUGUGAACAAGUACAAACCGAACGCCGUUUCGUAUAACUCCAUAAGUUACUGCUGCAUUCAAGCGCUCGUUUAAAUCACGAUAAGGAAGCUUCUGCCGAGAAACCACAACUUGUGAUGUAAGCUGAGAAAACCUUGUUGAACUAAACUACCCCUGACAAUAGCGGAAAGCGUCGUUUAUCAUCUACAGGUCGAACCAGAAUUGGUUACAAGUUACGCUUUAAAGCGGCGAUUCGCCAGCUGAAGGAAGCUGACCAGUAGAGAUGAAACCUUGGCUUUAAAUUAAAUCCCAAAGAAGAAAUUCUGAGAUGAUUGCACCGUUCAGGGUUCUAUCCUUCUUGGCGGAGGAGAUCAAGAAUGGCAAAGCAAUGCUUGUAUCAUACAUUGAGAAGCGUAAACGUCCCCACGGUCAAGUUUCGAGGGGAAUCCCAUCCUCAAGAGCGCGCAACAUACAAGUCAAAUAUACCAGGAGGGUUAAGGUUACUCCACCAGAAGCCGCGUGUAAAAUGUAUGAGAAUGAUUUGCAAGAGCGGAAAUGGGACACUGACUUUCAUAUUGCCGGGACAGAGAGUAACACUGGGGACAUGCAGGAUGGUGAGAAAAUUCUAAAGCAACUGGCCUGGGCUGAAUCAGAUGCAGUUGAUCGAUUAAAUCCUAGAGCGGCAUUUUGGGGGCCUGACGUGUAUUCUCGGAAAAUCAGUGACACUGCUGUUCGAAAACUUGACGAAGCUAUUGUUUACCACCAAAGUGACAAAAUUGUCGAUGCGCGAGGAAGUGUAAAAGAUCUUUUCAAAAUACUGUCCAUAAAUCAAAGUCAUUGUUUUGAGAGUCCGACAAAGUAUGGCUGGCAAAUACUGAAUCGCGGAAGAAAACUCUUUCUGGAGGAGGGCGUGAGUUGUUCAAUAAAACAUGGAACUUUACUCUUAGAUUCAAAUACAAGUGGAGCACAGUUUUACGCUGGAUUGCUAAACGUCCUGGCAGCAUUUUCAUUGCUAAUUUCCGAAUAUGAAAUUGGGAAAAGAACAUUUGACUUGCUGCUCCAACUACAUCUCCAAUCAAACACAACUAGUCGUUUACAAGACCUUGGUGCAGCCUACAACAAUAAGGGUUGUGCUCAUCUGAUUAUGGGCGAUUUUCAGGAGGCAGAACAAGCGUUUAAAACCUCCCUUGAAAACUUUUGUCACUCGGAAAGCUUUCCAACUGAAACAAAAGCUUUUGCUGUAAAUAGCAACAUCAGCCGGUUAAAUCUGAUAUCUAGAAAUUAUCUUCAAGCCUUUGACCAACAAGAGAAAUUGGUAAAGAUUUGCAAAGCUACAGAAAUGAAGGAUAUGUCAUAUCCAUUUGAAGUGGUAUUUACGGUAAUGAAUAAUCACGCGGUGUUGCAUACUACCUUCAGCGACUUCAACGAAGCAGAAAAUGCAUUGAAGUGGCUGAUAUCCUAUUGCAAAGAAGUGGAUAGGCAAGACUCUCUGUAUCUGGUCACUUUCCUUCGUUUGCAUCUCUCUGAAGUUCUGCUCCUUCACGGAAAACCGAAGGAGGCUGAUGAAGUGUUUAGCAUUGAAACCUUGAAUUCACUUGAAGAUGUUGUGGACAGGUUUGGAGACCUUUACAUGAACGUGAGAAUCGAGGCUCUUGAGAAGUUAUUAGCAGUCUACAUCUGUAAAGGGAGGAUCAAAACUGCUUUGGAGCUCGUGCAGACAACUGUCAAAAUCCUUAAAACUGUGUUUGGAGAAUAUCAUUUCAUCGUUGCCUCCCUGUUGUAUAAACAAGGCAAACUUUUGAGUAUUACAGGAAAAUUCCCUAGCGCCGCUGCAAAGUUCAAAAGUUCCAGUGACAUUCUGCAACAAAUCUUCGGCGUUAAAAAUCCUCUCCUUCUCAAGUGCUACCUAUAUCUUGGUGAUGUGACAUCGAUACUAGGUCGAAAAGAUGAAUCUUACGUUUACUACCAGAGAGCCACUAAGACCAUAGAGGCCAUUUUCCAAGUGUCAUUUGAGGAGGAAUUGUCAAUUAAGUACAUGGAAAUUAUUCGGAGUUACAAAACCUUUAAGAGACAGAGAGUGUCAGAGCAUGGACUUGAAGGUUUGGUCGCUGAGUAUGGUUAUGUCUUGGCCACACUGUUAAACCAUGACAGUAACCGUCACCUGAGGAAAUGCGGAGCUGAUGGAAAAACGGUCACCUCGAGGAAAACAAAAGAUCCCUGUUCAAUAUCGAGGUCGACUCUCUCCUUGAAGUAUUCAUUUGAUUUUCUUAAGAGUGGACGAAAGCUUCUCCGUUGUGGAAUGAUAGAGGAAGCUGUCGUCUUUUUCCAACACGCAGACAUGCAUUGUGAAGCACGUGCAAUCAAAGGUCACCCUGAUGUGAGUGUUGCACGCCUACACAACAUAUUCCUUUGGAGGAAAUUUAAUUAUCAUGAGACGUUGAAGCCAGAACAGAACUUUAGAAACUUUGUGAAAGCCCUUGGCAAAAUCAUGGAAGAAAGAAGUUCUAAGAGUAUCAUCGAAGAAACCACUGGAGUUGCGCCAACGAUAGAGUUUGACCAUAAACAAGACUUGAAGCCUGUAAUAAUUUCUCUUCUGCUGUUUUGCAUAGAACUAAAAAUGAAUGACACGACCUUCGAAGCCUAUGAUCUAUAUUGCAAGCUUUUUCAAAACGAAACGGACUCCCUAUUGUUGCUCCUCGAUGGGAUUCAGGUUUAUGCUUCAAGAACUGUAAUAAACUGUAAUGGGAAAACAGCUUUACAAGAUAUCCUUAUUUCCUCUGAAAUUGGUCCGAAAGAGAGCGACGUGGAAGGCGAUGCCGCCGACAAACAGCUGUUCCGCAGCCUGGCGUGCAUGGAAAAUGCACCUAGAAAUGCUUUUCUGGUGGCCAGCAAAUCACCAGUCUUUCUAGAUAUCGAUGACCUCCAUUCUCUAAAGGAAAAGAUCUCACUUGCGGUACAAGAGUGCUUUCAAAGAACGUGCUUUGAAGCUGAAGACAAAAGCCGUGCAACGCAGGUCAUUGUGGAUCUGACUCCAUCAGCGACAUGUGGCCUUCAAGACAUCUUGUCUACGGGAAGUCGAAUCAAUUUGUUGCCUCUUUGUUUGUCAGGACUUCCAAGCAAUGAUAUACCCCAUAAAGAGACAAUCUUUGAGAUAGAAACAUCGAUGCGUCAGAAGAUUACACAGAUGAACUUUGACGAUGAGCAAACAAGCUGUUUCAUGUUCAAAAAAGUUGCUCUGCAACUUCUUCAGCAAAGUGACCCAGGAAGAAUCUCAUCCAUAGCGCUACCAAAUCAGAGCUUUUCCUUGACAGUUCUCCAUCCGACAAAGGCAAGGCUCAUUAUUUUACGCAGUGGAAAAUUGAUCACACAAAAGAUCCAGUUCGUAACAACAAGAACAACACUUACCGGCGUGGUAGACUCGAAUAGCGCAUUACAGGCUGGUGUUUCUGAUGCACAUCUUUGGACAGAACUUCGUCAGACGGUAGAGAAGUAUAGAGUACCCUGUCGAGAAAGAACUUCAUCGGAGGCUUCUCUGGAUCAGUCAGUCACACUCUGUGAAACCAAUCGCCCCUCGAAUCAUGGGUGGAAAUGGGCUCAUGGGUCGUCUCAAGUCUGUAAAGGAGAAGCUGUGAGUAAAUUUACUGGUGAUACAUCUGAAUUGGAAGGCAGACUAGAAGAAACAAAGGGGAAAGUUCUAGAGUGUCUCAUGAGUUUCAGCCAGCUGUCACGACUGCUCUGGUGCGAGGAGAGUCCUGUAACUGACGAUGACAUCUAUUCGGCAGAUUCUAAUCAAUGUCAUAAUGCUUAUGGAGGUCUAGAAGACGAGGAAUACAUUUUCAGGAAGGAUGAUGUAAGUUUGGUGGAUCUGGGUGACGAUGACACAGGAUAUUUAGUUGCUUCCUCUCAAAAUACAAAAGACCAGGAAAUUACUUCACUUCAGCAUCUGACAGAGAGUUCAGAAGGAAGUGAUAAUAACGAGGGUCUUACAUUGAACGCUCAUGAAUGUACCACUGUUGAGGGUAGCGCGAGCAACCGUGAGGAAGAAUCCAUGCUCAGAGCAGAUCUCUGUGAUAUAUUGGAGGGGAAACGUCUAUUUGAAGAGGGUAGACAGUCAAGACGCACUAUUAUGGCUGACCUACAAGAAAGCGUGAGGAAAAAGCAACUGAACUCCGAAAGAGGCAAUUCAAUUCAAUCAAACAAAGCAUCAGUAAAUAAUGUCUCAAAAUUGCAGUCAAGCCAAAAUGGUAGCAAUUGUGGUAAUUUGGAGGUUCCGCAUCAAAACCCAGAGGCCCAGGCAUCAAGCGGAAACCCCAUUUCCAGGAAUGUCAGUACUCAUGAAAAUGACCAAAGAAUUAGUUCAAUUGAAGGCAGCACAGCAAAGGAAGAAGACAAACUGAUGAGAAUACAUCAACUGCCACAAGGCCCAGCCCUAAACAACGUAAAAGAUCGUAACGUUUUAGACAUGGAGCCAAAAUGCGAGCUUCCAGAGGACGUAAUUAGUGGAUUGCCUAAAACAACGCUGGUUAAAGAAUACCACUUCACAUCCUCUGAUAAAAGCGACAGCUCUAGCAUUUUGGAAAGAGAGACGUACGCUAAGAACGUAGAGACAGCAAGAAAUGAUGUUUUUUUAAGUGGGCAAAACGCCAUCAAAACCAACAGGGAGACCUCACCUAACCAAGAGGUACAAGGCACUAUAGGGGUUGAUCAAGAAGGGCAAAGACAAACGAAGCCCGGCGGAAAUAAAUUUAAAAGUAGAAAACAGCAUCUUGAGGAAGAAAGUGAACGAAGCGAGGUGGAAAUCAGAGGAAAUAGCGGCAAUACACCGGAAAAGCAAGAAACUCCUUGUUCCGAUUCUGAGUCAAGAUCCACCAUCUCAAACCCAAAUGAAAGUACUACCAGGCCCAUGUGUCAAGGGGGUGAUGUUGUUGCCGAAGACGAAAACCUCGAAGACCUUAACAAAAAUUCUGUUGCUUUUGAUGGAUCAAUACUCGAAAAAAAUUAUCACAAUGAUAUUCAUGCCAUGAUUGACAUGCCUAACCACGCGGUACAGGAUGCUAUAGCAGUUGAUCAAAGACAAACGAAGCCGGGUGUAAAUAAAUUGGAAAUUAGUAAACAACACCUUGUGGAAGACAGGGAACGAAGUGGAGUGGAAAUCAUAGGAAAUAGAUCCAAUACACUGGAAAAGCAAGGUACUUCUUGUCCCGAUCAUGACGAGAUGACAUCCGAGAGAACAUUCGCGCCACCUAUUGAAGACGGUUUACGUGAUGGAACCAAGAACAAGGAUAUCAGUAGAAGUCAAAAUGACGUAUUAGAUCUUCUAAGAGAGACGGAUACUGUGGACGGCCCCAACCUAAAAGAGGAAAAUGAAACGCGAUCUUUGAAGCAAAGCUUAGGAGCAGUAAAGCUAUUGGAUCCUCACGGACAGGCACAUUUUAAGACAAAAGCCAACCCCUCAAACCGUCAUGAAAUUACCUCCAGAUCGAUUUUCCAUGGGGGUGAUGUUGUUGCUGACGGCGGAAGUCGUGGAGACCUUAUCAAUAAUGUUGAUAUUGUAGAUGGACCAGCAUUCACACAAAAUCUUCAGAAGGACUUUCAUGCCGGCGAGAAGUUCGAAACCAGCGUAAAGCACAAAGCUGUAACCUUAGGUAGCGAAAACGAGUCACAAACAGACAGAGAUGCGCUUUGCGAAUCUAGAUAUCCUCUUGAACCUAAGAGAAACCUCUUUCAAUCUCACUCGGGCGAUGGAGGAGCAAGGCCCAAACAAAGAUCAACAGACAACACUAAAACCCGCCUACCCCAGACCAGCUAUAAAAAUCCAAUGUCAGCUAACUCUGACCUCGAAAUAAUAUAUCCGGGCCUAGAUCCUGUUUUUCUAGCACGUCACGUCAAAGAGAGUAGCCCACUGCUUCCGUUUCACAAAGGUGGCAACUAUAAUCAUGCUUCAUCAGACGGUCUGUGGCAAGAAGACUACGAACAGGAGUACUUUUCAUUUAAUGCUCAGGACCAACUCUUCAAUAGCAAAGAUCAAAAGUCACACGACAUGGAAGACUUCAUUCUACGCGAUAAAGCCAAUAGAUAUGGUAAAGUUAUUCCGAUAAAUAACGCUUUAGCUGCUUUGGCGCCAUCGAACGGAAAGGAAAAAGAAAGCUGGCAUUUUCCACCCUCAGAGUCCUGUAAAGAUAUGGUGCUGCGAAAUCAAUGCUUUGCCGAGAGAACAAACGAGUCAAAUCCAACAUCGCUGCCAAAAUCUUUUGAUGCCAACCGGGAGAAACUCUUCAGUACGUGUGGAUCGGCAUGUGCUUACAACGACAUGGAUUCAAUGGCUAAUGACUACUCCACCAGUGUAGGUAACAAUGAAUGUGGACAGUCACCACCACUAAGCGAGAACGAGCAUUCAUGGACAGAACAUGCAUUGACCUCUAAUUUUAGAUACCUUCAACAGCUAAUGGCCAAGACUAUCCGGCUUGUUGCCUUAAAUGCUACAGGUGCGAGAGAAAAUGAUCCUGCAAACCAGACAGUCGAAAAGACAGGCAUACAGGAAGAAACAGGCGAUAUGGGAGAAGCAGAAGCAGCCGUAACACAACGAAUUUAUGAGACGAACACUCAACGUGAAUCUACCCCAUCAAAUGAAACGACCGUGGAAGCUGAGCGGCAACCCACGGCAACACCUGUACAAGAGAGUCCACGCCCUGUUUGCAGUCAUUAUCAAAGGCGAUGCUUGGUCCGGUUUCCCUGCUGUGGAAAGUUCUUCCCUUGCCACCGCUGCCAUAACGAGUCAGAUUGUAGUGAAGAUCAGGCAAGAGCAAUUAAUGCCACACACAUACGAUGCACUAUCUGCUAUCACGAACAAGAGAUCGACGAAAAUGGCCAGAGAUGUGGCGGCUGCAACGCAAUCAUGUCUGAGUAUUUCUGCCCAACAUGUCGCCAUUAUACCUCCGUGGAUAAAAAUCCCUUCCACUGUGAAAAAUGCGGUAUCUGUAGAAUCCAUAGAGACAGAUCCUUCCACUGUGAUGUUUGUAACGUAUGCCUGGACAAACGUCUUGAAGGAAAACAUAAGUGCAGGCCUGAUUCAGGACACGAUGAAUGCUGCAUAUGUCUCGAGGAUGCCUUCAGUGGUUGUCAAAUUCUCCCCUGCUCUCACAAGGUUCAUAAGGACUGCGCCAUUGCGAUGAUACAAAAUGGCGUCCGCACAUGUCCAAUUUGCCGCCAUCCGCUAUUCGGUCAACUCCAAAACAGUACUCAAUAAGAACUUUUCUACCAACAAAGUUAAAUUUAGAGCAAAUUAUUCCCCAUUAGAAGAGACGAUAAAAAUUUUGAGGGAUAGUUUGGACAAUAUGAUUCAUUACAUGGUGAAUUUUGGAAUAUCUCAAGCCCUAAAAUUGAUCGAAAUCUAGAAAUUCUCGAUUUCAGGAUUACGUUAUGGAGUUGGAAAAGUCUGUUGAGACAAAUUCGUCCUUAAUUCAGUGAAUUAUUUUGCUCUACCUUCGUUAAGCAUCCAUUUUUUUUUCUUCAAGAUUAGAUGUAACUAGAUUAAAACUUGAGCAAUUUUUCACCCGCGAACAGAUUUUGAACCAGGAAGUAUACAGGUACAAUUAUACAUGCGUACCGGUAGGAUUUUUUAGGUAAAAAAAAAAAAAUUAAAAAGCAAACAAACAAACAGCCAAAAACUAGGCAAGAAACAAAAAUCAUAAUAAUAUUACAAUCAAAACCAGCAAACAAGCAUGUAACGAUUAGAGGAAAAAAAACCCAAAAACAUUAGCACAGUGUAAGCCGUUUAAGUAUCGUCACUUCUUAUGAUAAUAGACCAGACUGUUUUGGAGUAACCGAAUGAUUUCCACCGACCAGAAUGCAGCUGUACAGUAGAGGAGAAGACUGAUGAGCUGUUAUACACACACUUCAGGGAUUUAUUUUUCUGAUAGCAGUUCUCAAGAAUGGAUUUUACAGAUACCGUAAUUAGAUCAAAUUUUGCUGACUGAGGAAGCAAAGUUUAAUGACCAAUUACAGUAAAAAAAAAGGAUAAUUACGAUGACAUACUAGUAUAACGACAAACAGUACGUUCGACUGAGGUUCAAUUCAAGUUCACUAAGAAACUUGGUUGAUAGAGAGAACAUAGUUACCACGGUAUUCAAUGAGGACGUUGUAUUUCAGAAGUAAUGACAAAAAAGGGAGUCAGAAUAAAUCGACCUAAGAAUGAUCCAUCAGAGGCUGCUUAAAAAGUAACCGAUAAUAAAAAUUAUUUGUUUAUACGAAACAUUACCUGGCAUGUUUUCUACUGGCAUUUUUAGGAAGACUGCUAUGAAUUAGUUUACAAUAAUCAUAUUACCCUACUCAAAAAAAGGUAGUUGCAGAACAACCAAAAAUCUAUAUGUCUAAGUAAGCACACGAUAAAAGCGCGAUUGAAAUUUCGUUUUCAGAAGGAACAAAUUUCGUGAGCGUUUUUGUAUUCUCUAAGACGUAUUGUAUUAGCAGAAAAGUUUUCUGUAAAUGCGGAACUUACUAAUCACUUCGGUAACAAGUAGUAAUCGUAAGCUGAACUUUAUGUAACAGGAACGUCUUAGGGGCAAGACUAAAAUUUCGUUCUCCAUAUAGCGAAUAAAUCAAUAAGAAGUAGGUAGUCUCGAGUAAACGCAUUAUCCAGGUAACUUUUGAAGAAAGCGCGAAUAAAAUUUCGUUUUUUUUUUAUUACCCGGCAAAAGUAGUCUCAAAAAAGACGCAAUGCAUAGGUAAAUUUUCAAUGAAAAGCGUAAGUGAAAUUUCGUUUUAAGAAGGAACAAAUUUUAUGAGCGCUUUUCAUUUUAAGUGCAACUCAUUUUUCGCUAAAGUACUCUAAAGACCGUGCAUGGUAAAAAAAGAACCGUAGGCUUUAUUAUAUGUUUCAGGUACCACUUAAGAGGCGCGUGAGUAAUUAAGAAAUGUGUUACCCAGCUUGAUAAAUGACCGAGGAGCCUUCAAAGUGUGCGCGCGCACACGCGCGCAAUAUAACGGCCAGCGUGGUAAUAAGUAAUCGUUGUCUUUUACUUAGAAAAUUUUAGAAAAGCGUUGAUGAAAUUUCGUUUUAAGAAGAAACAAAUUUACCAACGCUACUUAUAGGUGAUCGCGUGAAGUAUGACAUAUUCAAGCUCAAUUUUAUUCCAUUAUUAGCUAGUAUUUGUCUUUUUUUUAUUAAUAUACAUGAUUUACAGCUGAAAACAUUUUUUAGGUUACUUCCUUACGUUUUUUCCUCCUUUAAAUAUUAGUGUCAUUCAACCAGAGGCUGAAUGAAUAGCAUAACGAGACAAAAUGAUUCUAGGUCUUGCAUAAAUAAUGUCUAGCAGAGGGGGAGAGGUGUAGGAACAUUUAAUCAGUUUGUCCAAGAUAUGUAACAUGAAAUGUAAUGCAACAACAUGCGCUUGACGCUCAUUUGUUCAAUAAACUUUCAAAUC